CCCCAAAUUCGCGAUUCCCCGCCCCGCUCCGGCUGAGAUUCCGUCCGCGUCGAGCCCCCGUUCCCCGAAUCGGCCGCGGAUCCGAGCCGCCCGCGCCGCCGGCUUACUAUCGGUACCCAUUUCCCCUCCCCGCGCUCCUUUAAUCGCAUUCUAGGGUUAGGGUUUGCCUUCUCGUGAACGCGAUGCGAUUGCGGAGUCGGCGUGAUUUGGAGAUGAAUGUUGCGAGCCAGAGGCCGCGGAUAAUAUGUUGUUCACACAUGAGAAGAAUGCUGACCAAUUUGAUGUUCUUUCUUAUGGUAACAUGAGGAGACUAGACAGUAGUGGAGAUUCUGAGGAAUCCAAUUUUCGAAAUGGCUGUAAGGACAGUUCUUCAAUUUCUCCUGAGAAUUUCAGCUUCCCUUGGCUCGCUGUAGAGAAUUGCCAAUCUGCCGCACUAAAUCAUGACAAGCGGCCUCAUUCUGAUGUCAAGCCAUGCCAAGUUGCUUGCAAACGUCCAAAGCAAACAGACCACGAUGCCUGGUUAUAUUCCUUUGGGGAACACCCUUUCACCAGGGAGGCCGAAAUAUCUGCUUCAGCUUUGGCUGAUGAAUUAGUCAAGACCAGACAACCGGAUCACAUUCCAGCAAGUAAUGGUGCCACAACCUGCAGUGUUAGUUCAGGCAUCCCUUGUCCUAACCGCGAGCAAUCAGUUGGAGUGGAAAACUUACACUUGCCUGAUUGGGUGACUUCUUUCCCUGGUUAUUUUGAAGAUUGUGUGCCAGUUGCUGAAUAUAACCUGGUUGGUGACAUUGAUUCGCCUGUUCAUGAGCACCUCCCUAGAAAGACUGUACCAAUUGGACCUGAGCACCAGGCUGUCAUUCCAGAAUGGAGACCCCGAGUGGGUGUAUCUGGUGGUUCUGGUUUUUGUGCUGAUCUGGGUUGUAAUUCUGCAUCUACUUCAGAACCUGUUUCCCAAGGUUAUGACUGUGAGAGUGACAAGUGGGUCAAGGACUGUGUCAUUCCAAUAUCAUCUUGCUCAUCUCCUGUAGAUUGGGUUGGAGACAGCAAAAUAGAUUGUGACUGCAGCGAUGAAGGUUCUGUUAGGUGUGCCAGACAGCAUGUUAUUGAAGCAAGGGGAUCUCUCAAAAUGAGUUUGGGACAAGACAAGUUUCGUGAGUUAGGUCUUUGUGAAAUGGGAGAGGAUAUCGCUCAGAGAUGGACUGAGGAUGAGGAGAAGCGAUUCGAAAGAGUUGUUUUCUCAAAUCCUGUCUCCUUGGGAAAAAACUUUUGGGAUCACCUCCCUCAUGCAUUUCCUAGUAAAACUAGUAAGGAUCUUGUUAGCUACUACUUUAAUGUCUUCAUGCUCCGGAAGAGGGCUCAGCAGAACAGGUCAGACCUGUUGCGAGUGGACAGUGAUGAUGAUGAACUGCAUGGUGACUGUCCAGUACCUGGGCAGGAGGAAGAGGAUUCUGCAGUGAAGUCCCCUAAACUUGAAUAUUUCAUCAACAAUUCUCUGCCCAUAGAGGGUAACCAUAAAGAAUAUGAAGGAGAACAUAUUGCUCGACCUUCUUUCCAUGGGGAGGAAAUUGAAAAUGCAGGAGAGUGCAGACAUCUACCAAACCAGAUGCCUCUGUAUUCAACUGCAGAGAAUAUAGAACAUAUCUACAACCAAGAUGAGCUGCAAGCAUCGUUUGACGGCUGACACAAUGGAGCUCAUGCUCUGAUGCUCCUAAAGGAGCUCAGUUUGCUCACCGAAUCAUCCUACAAGAAACCUUGGGAACCAAGGUGCAUCUGUGUAGAUGUUGUACAGAGGGUAUUCCAAUAAUCUGGAGUACUGUUUUCUCCAACAGAGAUUACAUUGAAGUAUUGCUUCUCAAGCAAGUUAUGAAAAAGAACUGUGAACAGCAAUCUAGUAAUGCAUAGCCAGAACUUCUGCAGAAGCUUGAAUAUGACAUCUCCUUGAGACUGUUGCUCUGCUCGACUGGAAUUCUGCUCUGAGAUGCUGUGACGUGCCGUGGCUCAUGUAGCUGAAACAUCCGGCCGCUUAUCCAUUAAGUGGACAUGGAUUGUGGAAGCCUCAUGGAGAUGUACAUUCUUCAGCAUGUCGAGCCUUUCUACUGCAUUUUGUGAAGUGCAUGUGGAUCCAAACUGGGCUUCCACGGGGUUUUUGUUUCUCCCCCACAUUCGUUGAAUUAAUACUAUUGUAUGUACAAUAUAUCGUGUUGUGUUCAUGUAAAAAGUCAUUAUUCGCGGGAUGCCCUAUGUAUUCAUGUCCAGAUAUUGUAACCGCACAUUAUAAAGUUGCUGCUAUCCGGAUAAUCUGACGCUUUGUCAAGCGGCAUUCCUUC